UCAAAAGUAUUGGAUGCAGGUGUUCCAAUCCCCUCCAUAUCAUGUGAUUCAGGUGUUCCAAUCCCCUCCAUAUCAUGUGAUUCAGGUGUUCCAAUCCCCUCCAUAUCAUGUGAUUCAGGUGUUCCAAUCCCCUCCCAAUCAUGUGAUUCAGGUGUUCCAAUCCCCUCCAUGCACACAGGUGUAUACAAUCAAGCCCCUAGGCAUGCAGACUGCUUCUACAAACACUGAGUCAAUAGCUAAAGACCUCCAAACUUGGUGUGGCCUUCAGAUGAGCCCAACAACAGUGCGUAGAGAGCUUCAUGGAAUGGGUUUCCAUGGC